AAAUGACCGUAAACCUCACAAACUACGGCUAUCCGCAGAGACGUGUAAUCAGGGUUAACGUGUUGUUGUAAAAGGAAAGUUUGUGAUUCUGAUUGUCUUGGACGCUGUGUAUUUGUUGACUAUCGCCAUCAAGUGAACGCACAAUGCAAAUGCACUUUGUGUGUUUGCAAAAACUGGCAAACUCUACUUCAUUGUCGGUCGAGUGUGCAUAGAACCGGAGGUCAAGUGAACACUGAUCGGUAACAUACUAUGCCUGGGAAGGCCUAAGUCAGCACAUUAAGCUCUGAUCACGUCUCCAAUUAGACGCAAAUGCUGAUGACAAAGACAGGUGCAUCGCAGGAGAUAGUGGUUCACAAUGGAUCCGCUUCCAUCUCCUACGGCUCAAGCCAUUAUGAAGAAGGGCAAGCGGGCGGCGGCGGAGUACGUGCACAAAGAUUGCUGCAGUAAUCACUCUCAACGUCUGAAUGAGAUUUUGGACAUUCUUCUCAACCCGACAAACAAUAUAGAUGAUUGGGAAACAAUUGAUUGGUGCCGCUGGCUUGUCGCCGGCGGUCACACACCGGACGAGUUCACCAACAUUGUACGGCAGUAUGAUAAUGCAUCUAUGUGUGGUCUGGUGUGGACUGCAAACUUUGUUGCAUACCGAUGCAGAACAUGUGGUAUUUCUCCAUGUAUGUCGUUGUGCCUGGAGUGCUUUCAGAAGGGUAAUCAUAUAAAUCAUGAUUUCAACAUGUUUAGAAGUCAGGCUGGAGGAGCCUGUGAUUGUGGAGAUACUAAUGUCAUGAAAGAAAUGGGAUUUUGCAGUAGACAUGGUCCACAAGCCCAAGCUAAUAAACCCAAUGCACCCAUUGAUUUGCUCAAUGUUGCGGAGGCUAUGAUGCCAAGAGUCUUUCUUCGUCUUAUUCAAUACUUUAGAGAUAGCAGUGUGGUUGAAGUACAGUCAGCAGCAGUUCAGGAUGCAGAUUUAUUCCUCAGUAUGCUAGUUGAAUUCAGUUCGCUAGGUGCAGCAAUGCGCCGUGUGAUGGCCAACACUUUAACCAAUCCUCAGGUUUAUAAAAAUUUGACCCAAUGCACUCCCACUUCGUCUGCCUCAAUGAGAACUAGUGCAAAAGUUUAUGAAGCAGCUUUAGAUACACUACUCAAUCCAGAUCCCCCCGAAGAAUUUGAAGACUGCAUAGCUCUACAAAAGCGUUUAGUCCAUCAUUGUUUCUUAGAAGAACUUAUGUUUUGGAAUAUUAAAUUUGAGUUUCCUCAAAAGAUGGUCUGCUUGUUGUUAAAUUUACUCCCUGAACCAGAUUACAAGGAGGCACUCACUCAAGCUUUGGUGCUACAUUAUAGCAGAAUUUCUUUAAUGCUGGAGCGCUCAUCAGAUCCAGAUUCAAUGUCUAAUAGAGUGGUUCACAUGAGUGUUCAGUUAUUCUCCAACCAACAAUUAGCAAUGAGCAUGGCUGAUAAUUAUGAUCUUUUGCAUGUGAUGACUUUUACAUUGAAGUACAUGAUGAGCAAGCUUCUAAUUCAAAACACAUUACAUGAGCCUGAAAAGAAUUUCCAUUAUGUAGUGGAUUGUGGUGUUGCUGUUAUGAAAGAGCAUUGCUACUGGCCACUGGUGUCAGAUCUGAACAAUGUUUUGUCUCAUCGCUCUGUUGCUUUAAAAUUUAUGGGAUGUGACAGUUUGCUGGAAAUGUGGUUUGUCUUUCUUUCCAUGUUUCAAGGCAUGAAUGUUAACCAAAGAGAGAUGACGCAACAUAUAGAAUUUGAGCCAAAUACAUACUAUGCUGCAUUCUCUGCGGAACUGGAGGCAUGUGCCUAUCCAAUGUGGGCACUUCUUUCUCAUCUCCGAGAGGAAUCAACCCUGCAGUACUCAAAACGUGUAAUUGCUAGUUGUUUAACAGCACUCCAAGAAUGGCUUGAUGCAAUUAAUUUUAGGCAUCCUAUUGAGAAAGACAAAUAUCAGGUUUCCUUUCAUUUAUCCUUGCAUCGAUACCUUGCUGUGUUCAUGUGCCAAGCCAUCAGACGUCAAGGUCUGGCUCUACGUGAUGUUCUUCCUCCAUCCGAUGUACUUCAACUUAUCAUGUUUCAUCCUCUACGAGUUCAGGCGGCUUUCUAUGAGAUCGUCAGUGGAUUGUGGGUUCGUAAUGGCUUGCAAAUAAAGGGACAGGCCAUGACAUAUAUUCAAUGCAAUUUCUGCAAUUCUAUGGUUGAUGCUGACUUGUAUCUGCUACAAGUUUGUGCCACCCAACUUCAACCAGAGACUUUCCUGACAACAGUUUUGGAUCAAUUCCACAUGAAAGACUGGUUGAGUUUGGCAACAUUUACCAAUCCCCAACACCUAUUAGACAGUGAGCUAGAAACACCUAUGCUUGAAAGCUGUUUACUAUUUCUUGCAACCCUCGUUAGCAUAAGAAAUUAUCUUGGUGACAGUGAAGCUUCUAUAUCAGAAUUAGAAAUGGGAACUCUGCUGUGUAUGGGCGAUAAGACCCACAGCCAGCUUAUUGAACUGAUGCCUGAAAAAUGUUACCCAUUUCCUCAGAGUAGAGACUUUGAAUCCAUCUUGGCUGAGGUUGCUGACUAUCGAGCUCCUAACUUUGAGUCCAGUGGAAAUAUGCAACAAGGAAUGUACCGCCCCAAAGGAUGGAUUUGGGACAAGUUGUACAAUCCAAUUCAUGUUCUUCUUAGAGCUGUACACCGAAGAGAUUUUCAAAAUUCAAUGGACCGUUUUACUGAAUAUGUUCAUCAAACUGGAAAGUUCAAAGGUUCUGGACCACCAUGGCCCCCUUAUAGAAUGCCUGGAAAGUGUCAUCCAGCUUAUGAUGAUCCUCGAAAGGUUCUACAGUCAAGAGUUUUUCAUGCUUUUGCUUUCAUUGUCUUGCAUAAAGCAGUUCAUGGUCAUGAUGUCUCAGACCAUGUUAUUGCUUUGACUUUGUAUCUUCUUGAAAUGGCACUCUCAAUUGAAUCUCCUGCAGAGGAACCUAGUCAGGUGUGCCAAGCUUCAAGACGCCGUGAACAGCAUGUGGUUAAAGAUGGAGACCUAAUGAGCUGGUAUGAUUCCGAUUGGCUCUCCAGUAACCUUCGCACUGUUGUGCAUUCAGUGAUGCUCAAUAUGGACCAGACAUCAUAUGACAGCUCAGAAAGUGAGUGGGGGUCGUUGUCGCUGGAUGGAGGUCCAAGUCCUGCUGGCAUUGAACCAGGUCCACAUGCACUGGCAUUGGAGCAGUCGCAGGCACCGAAGCGAUACCCUAUUGUCCCACUCUCCCUUACAAUUCCUCCUGCUCUCACUAUGAUCGCAGGCAGCUCUUCGAGCCAGGCAGGUGCAUUUUCCCUCCCUGCUUUACCUCAACCAGGUGUGGGAGAUGGCACAAUGGAAGUGGAAUCACCUGCAUCCCCUGAUGAAGUCGCAGAGUUGGUCUCUGGUGAAUCAGAAGCAUCUGCAAGUGAGGGUGGUUGUCUAGCUUUGGUGUCUGGUGGACGUAGCACUGAAGAUGAUGACAGUUCUGGUGAAGGGGAAAUAACUCAUUCAAUGUCCCUUGCUGUUGUUGGUGACAUGACUGUGGUUUCUACUGAACAAGCUGGUUUGGACACGGAAGUGGUACCUGUGGGCAUGCAAGUCAUGCAAUCUGUACCCUCCUCCUCAAGCCGUCACGUGCUUGCUGUUGGGUCUUCUGGAAUGCCAGCUGCAUCAUCUUCUGGAAGCAACAUGGUUGCUUUGGGUGUGCAAGCAGUUGAGCCAGCUCCUUCAUCCUCUGGACACUCGGAGUUUUACAAAAAGAAACACAAAAAACAAGGAUCAGAUAAUGUGCAUGUACCCAUGAGAGUCAAUGAAAGUAUAAUUUCACUUCUUUUAAAACUUCAUUCAAAUCUUACUGAAACACCUGAUAGCUUUGAUCCUUAUGAAGUGGAAAGAAAGGCUGCUCAAGCAUCAGGUCAAAAUGAGGAUCAGGCUAAUGAUUACAUAGGUGAUGGCCCUUUCUUUGUUGGAAAAUUACUUAAACAUAUCAUGAGCUUGGAUCCAAUGUGCAGAGAUACUGUUUUCCAUGCUAGGGAAAAGUUGUGGGGCAAGAAACCUGAAGUAGUUAAGGAUGUCCAACGGAUGCGAGAGGAUGAGGAACGAGAAGAAAGAAGGAGACGUGCCAAGGAGAGGCAAAAGAAAUUAAUGGAGGAAUUUGCUUCCCAGCAAAAGCAGUUCAUGGCCAUGGCUAUGGAAACUGAUGAGAAUGGAAUGGAUUGGGAAGAAGAAGAAACAGCAUCUAUGGUCAGUAAGAAAGAAUAUGACUGUGCUAUUUGUAACCAAACAACUCUCAGUACCGCUGAGAACCCAAUGGGGUUGGUUGUUCUUCUACAGCCAACUAGUGUUCUUGGACAUAGAAGAAGCCGGAAAGAAUUUGUUCUCCCAACCAAUGAUGAAGAUCAAGCUCUUUUAAAGAUAAAAGACAAACUGUCUGACAAUUUUGACAGAAGAGUAGAACUCUUGUCUGAGCAGUUUGACGAUCUUUCUUGGCAGUUAUCUGUUAAUCUAGGGUGGGAGGGUGGUGUUCAUUUGCAAACAUGUGGCCAUCAUUUGCAUUUAGAGUGCCAUAAAUCAUACUUACAGUCCUUGAAAAAUCAACAAAGGCAGCAACAAUCACUUGAUGUUGACCAUGGAGAAUACUCAUGCCCUAUAUGCAGGCAGUUAGCUAAUUCAGUCUUGCCACUCUCUCCUGAACUUGGUGAAUGUUCUGCUAUGGUUCGUUCACGGCCAGCUAGUUCUCUUUCAAUUGUGUCCGAAAUCAGUCACCUCCUUCUUGAGAACCCCUUAGUUGUUAGGACCUCUACACUUCCUGAAGCCAUGGGCAAAUUAAUGGAAGAUAUGACUAAUUGUACUUCUCGGAAAUACAAGCAAAAAAGUACUACAACCACUCACCAAAGCUUGUUUUUAUUUGUGGCUUCAAUUGCUCGCACAAAUUUAGAACUGGAACUAGUUCAGAGAGGUGGAAAUCUAUGCACUGACCUAGAAAGUAUUAAUUCGCCAUUGACUCCAAAGCGUUCUUGUAUCGUGCCUCUACUACAUGUAUUGGCAAUUCAUGCGCGUUGUCUAGCUGUAUGGCCUGUGAGCAGGUUGUGGCAGCAACUUGCUGGAGUUGAAAUAGAAUCUGAUACCACAGCAUUAGCAGCCUUGGAAAAAGAAGUACCCCUACUGUUGAGGGAUCCUACUGCAAUUCUUUUGCAGCUGGUUCUUCUCUUACCAUUGCAUAUUGAUGAAACUUACUUUUUGUGUGUAGUAAAAGUUCUUUAUAAUUUACUAUACUUCCAAGUGCUUGCUCAGAUAGCGUGUCGUCUCUCAGAUCGCGAGCGUCAUGUGUGGCGUGCAGCUUUUGAGAACAAGCAGCCUUCUUUACAUGAAGUUACAACCCUGGAAGCUGGAAUGGCUUUGACUAUUCGUUUGCUAGAGCCAAGUCAAAUUUUCCUAGAAACAUCUGAAGUUGAUUCUGCGAGCAGUCAAUCACAACCAAGCAGUGGUUAUUCUCAACCAGUCGAUUCAAAAGCAACUCUUGGAGUCAACCCUUCCAGCUCUGCUGCUGCACCAAGCACUAGCAGCAUGGAAUCAGAAAUUCCACCAAUGAUAUUUUUGCACCGUCGUAGUGUAGUUAGAGUGGAUGAUCCAGACUCUCCACUUGAACCUUUAUCAGAACAAGAACAGAAUAUUUUGCUUAAUAAGAAAGCAUUAGAAAAUGAAGUGCAACAGUUAUGUUUACCAUUUUUACGCAUUGCUGCCUUAUUACGACAUCAUUUGUAUGAGCAACCUCUCCCUGAAAUUCAGGACGAAAAUUCUGAGUUUGUGAGACUUGUGUAUUAUUUAGAUUUGGUUUCAGAGGGAAUGAACUUGGCCAAAUUCAACUCUGCUGUAGUGCUAAGUUGGCCUGCUGAAGAUCCAGGCAACCCUGGACAUAUGCCUCCCAAGGAUUGGGCUGAACAAUUGAUAGCUUUUGCACGUAAUGCUCAAAUGACUGCUCGUGCGUUCUUGUUAGACCAUCACAAAUUGUGGAGACAACCUAGGUUACUAAGUUUACCUCAAGUUUAUGAUGGAAUAUUCCAGUACUACCUUCGGCGGCAGUGUGUUCAGUGUCAUUCAGUGCCUCGUGAGACUACACUCUGUCUUUUGUGUGGUACGUUAGUAUGCUUUAAAGAAAAUUGUUGCCAGCAAUCUGAGGUCUGUGAAGCAGUUCAGCAUGCUGAAGUGUGUGGAGCAGGGACAGCUGUGUUUCUAGUUGUGACAUCAUCUUGUAUAAUUGUGAUACGUGGUAAACGGGCUUGCCUAUGGGGUUCAGUAUACCUAGACAGCUUUGGAGAGGAAGACAGAGAAUUAAAGAGAGGAAAGCCUUUGUUCCUCAGUCCCGAACGCUAUCAACUUCUUCAACAACAGUGGCUUUCGCACCGCUUUGAUCACACAAAUAAAAAAUGGGUGUGGCACAGAGAUUCUCUGUGAUUGUAGUGUCAUGACCUAAAUUCAGCUAGUCAGUCAACACCACAUAACAAACUACAUGUUUGCUUUUGCUUAAAAAAAUUCAACAUGUGUCUAAUAAAGACCAAUUUUUUUUUUCUUUUGCUGUGUGUUGUAAAAUACAAAGUGUUAUAUGUUAUAUUUAUUAAAUGUCUAAUAUCUAACUUUGUUAGUUUGUGCUCAAUUCUCGUUUUGAAAACUGAGGCCAGUAUAUAUAUGUGUGUAUAUACAGAUUGUUGAGUUUCACACAUGUAUAUAUACAUGUAUAUGUACUCUUAUACUUACUUUGUUCCUUACACUUUGUAAAUAGUCAAAUGGAAAUGCUGAUAUGAAAUAUGUAAAGGUUGGUAGUGGCUCAAAAUUUUCAGUUAUGUACUCUGUAUGUCUCCAUUUGUGGAGCACUACUGAUGAUUAGGACAAGGUAGAGCAGGUCUAUGGUGGUUGAAACUUAGCAUCAAAUCCAGGAUUCUAGUUGUACUUAAUCAUUAUGGAUAUUAUUUUGGCUUAAAAUUUUUAAUGUACCUAAUCAAGUUUUUAAUUGUGGAGAAGAGGCGCUAAGACAAUCCAUAUAAGAAAAUUUUGUUCUUGAAUACUUUUGGAAGGAAAAUGUAGCAAUGUUCAAUUGAUGCAAUAGUUUGGCUAACAGUUCUGAUGAAUGAUGUAUGUUCUAAUAACUCAUGGUUUGUUCUAGCACUUCAAAUCAGCUCAAUAUCUUGUAAACCAUUACCAAUAUUGAGGAUGUUUGUUUCCAUAUUAAUAAUUGAUAAGAUUGCGUAAUUUUUUUUUCUUCAAAUUAAUAUUCUGAACAAGUUGUUAUUCAUUCCUUACUGUGAUAAAUGCCUCCAACAAUGUCAUUUAUUAUCUAAUCAUUGCUCUUCAAAAUGGAUAUUGAAUCUAAUGUGUAAUCAUCUAAAACACAAGGUAGUGCAAUGAAUACCAGCCAAAUAAAUGUGAUAAAUUAUUUAUACUAAUUGCUACAUAUUUGGCAAGGAAGGCUGUUAGGAAUUAUUGUUACUACACUUUUUUUAAGCCGCUGAAAAUACCUACAUAUUUCCAAGUCUUAUGAAUUACUUUCAGAAAUUUAUCUAUAUUAGCUUGGCCUUAUCCAAUUUCAGCUCUCUCCUGUCCACUGUCUUUAACUGCUAUUGGUAAUAUGACUGGCUUUCCAGGUCAGAUGCUUUUUUUUUCUCUCUCUCUCCCCCCCUCUUGCUGUUACAAUGUCUGGCAUCUCAUUAACUAAAUUUCUCUGUAAUCAAGUACAGCAGAAUUCUUUAAUUUGGAUAGGUCGUAUGUAUUCUUAUAUCCACUGUUUAAAAUUUCAAUGAUUUGUUCCUCCCCAAUUACACAGAUUCAAUGUCUGUGAUAUCAUUUAUUUAAAACCUCAAUUUUUAAAUAGUUUGAUUUUUCAGUUUUCUGCUAUAUUUUUAUUAUUGUAGGUGCAUUUCUUUUUAAACUAGACAUUGUACGAUGGGCUCUCAUUUGUAUUUUGUUUUAAAUAUCUCAUUUUAUUUAUUUUUGUUUUUAACCUUUGGCUCUACUUAACCCUUCCAGUGGUCAAUGGUGUUUCAUUGUUCCAAUUAUGAGUACAGUAUCUGUGUUGGUACCUUUUUGAUAAUGAGGGUAAGGAAUGAUAUAUCGUAUUUCGUCCUGCCAAUGCCAAAGUUUUCUUUUUUCCACUUGGUUUCUAGUAAAUUGAGGUAGUUGUAUGGUUUAUGAAGACUUCAAUAUCUGUUUUGUUGGAUUGUACAUCCCUGUAAGUGUUAAGAAAGAACAGAAGCAUUUCUUCACUCCCUGUUUGAAAGAUUUCAACCAAGAGUCACAAAUUUGUACUUCAAGUCCAUGUUUUGCAGUGGCUUGUUCUGAAGUUUCAAUUCAAUUUGUUGUUUUAGUAGAAAUUCAAACUUCUAUGUUGUCAAUUUUAGAGGCUAUGGAAGAUUUUAUUGUGUUGUAUAGAAGCUUUACUCUUUUACUUGUAAGAAUACUUCGACUGAAGAUGAAGUUCUCCUCUGGGAGAUCAUGUUUUGUGAUCAUUGCACUCCUUUUUGUAAUGUUAUGAAGUUUAUUUUCCUUGUUGGUCAGCCUUUGAGUCAAGUCACUGCUCGGGUGCUCUUAUAGACUGGUUGAGAGUUUUGUUAAGUAUGACUUGUCUAACUGCAAGUAAUGCUGAGAAAUAUUUAAGCAUCUUAACUUUAUUCAUGUCAACAGGUUUUAGGUGGUAGUUCUGAAGCAAAUAUGCAUAUCAUAGAUUUGAAAACAAGUUGCAGAGACCGAUAAAAGUCCGUCCAUUCAUUGUUAACUUUGUUGUGACCCUGAUGGUUAAGCCUCAAUUUAUUAUGAUGAGAAGACCGAAAAUCUAUAUGUAAACCUUGAGCUUAAAAAGUACGCUAUCUGUAGACAGAAUUUUUUAAAAGUGUGUUCAUUGUUUAUCAGAUGUGUUACUUGCAAAGUUUUGAGCUGUGAUCAUUUUCAAUAAUAAACUGACGCAAUCAAUUAUUGUGAAAAAUAGCAAUUUGUGAGAAUUGUAGGUGUUUAUCUUAUUAAUAAAUGUUUUAGCUGCAUGCAGCACUAUUUCUAUGUCUCAACA